CUGGGGCCCCAGCAGUAUCAUGGGGGUGUCUUGAGCUGAAGCCGGGUGUCGGGUCCCUGUUGCAGCCGCCACUGUCACUGCCGUGCUAGCUCUGGUGUGGACGACACCUGAUCAGGUAACCUUCUGUGAGUGGUGGACCAGGGCUGUUGAACUGCCUGCCAUCUCAAAACCCAGCUGUGAGCCAGCGUGGCAGGGGCUGUGCCUCCGACGCCUGCAUGGAAGCCAGGAGCUGGGCUCCCAGAAGGCAACUGUGCCCUCCGGGGAGCAUGUUGCUGGCUUUUGCCUCUCUGCUCGGCUGCCUGCUCGCCUCCAGCCAGGCCAAGGUCUACAGUCGCUGCGAGCUGGCCCGAGUGCUCCAGGAUUUUGGCAUGGAGGGAUACCGGGCAUCCACCCUGGCUGACUGGGUCUGUCUUGCUUACUUCACAAGUGGCUUCAACACAGCCGCUGUGGACCAUGAAGCCGACGGGAGCACCAACAACGGCAUCUUCCAGAUCAACAGCCGGAAGUGGUGCAAAAACCUCAACCCAGAGGUCCCCAACCUGUGCCAGAUGUACUGCUCCGACUUGUUGAAUCCUAACCUUAAGGAUACUGUUAUCUGUGCCAUGAAGAUCGUGCAACAGCCCCAGGGUCUGGCCAGCUGGGAGACCUGGAGGCGUCGCUGCCAGGGCAAGGACCUCAGCGACUGGGUGGAUGGCUGUGACUUGUAGGAUCCUCUGUGGAUGGACCAGGCCACGCACAGCAGGCUGGGAGAUGUGGUUUGGUUUCUGAUCCAGGCUUGGGAAGACAAGCCAACCAAUAAAGUAUAGUCUAAC